AUGAAACUUCUUAUAUCCUUCACCUUUAUCAUCAUCAUUUGUGCUUUAAUGAAUAGCUUAACAUCUGUUCCGGUUACUGAAGCAAAUGAUGGUCUCACUGCUAUCGUCGAAAGGAACUUGGCCGAUUAUACAUGGUGUCGAAUUUGGGUGACAGAUUCAAAUUUGAAUUACAUAGCUGGUAAUACAAAAGACCAUUAUUGUCGUGGUGACGAUUUCAAUUUUACAUUACCGGCAGGCACAACCACAUACUUUGUUUUUGCGCAUGUUGUUGGUAGUUGGGAAGAAGAUAAAAAACGUGGUCCAUACAAUGGAAACGCUUGUCUUAAUAUACAUGGUUCUGUAGAUAUAUGGAAAUUUAGUGAUCUUGAACUUAAAUACUGCUUUUACAAAAUUAUUUGA